UAAUUGACAGUGUUGGCAUUUAGUCGAAAUUUUGUCCAAGACCGUCACCCAAUGUCGAGGAGAAAAUUGAUUGUUUUAGACAGGUGGACUCUUGGACAGUGUCAUUUUAUAAUAAUACAGGGGAAGGGGGAAGUGGGGAGUCGUCACAAAUUAACCAGUUGACACAACACAGGUUUUUCUUGUCAGUCAAGAGGUAGACUGUCAGUGAACUCAUAGUAUCUGUAUAAUUUUGUGUCUGUUAGUGGGGGAGUGGGAUUUAUCACUGAAAAGCAAUAGUCGAACCUGCUCUGGGCUAUAUAUUAACAGCUUUGUCCAAGACAAUCGUCCGUACAAUUAAUUAAACAAUUUUUUCAAGACUAUUAGGGUUAAAGUUAGGAUGGGGACUCUUGUGGUCUGGAGGUACACGAUGUUCGCCUCUCAUUCAAUAGGUCUUGCGUUUGAAACCUUCUCGGAUAUAGGCGAAAAAUUCGUAUAGUAUAGGUCCCGGGUGCAAGUUGCGCACGUUAAUAGAUCCCCUAGGUGGUCCUUUAAAACCUAAAAGAGUAGAUCAACCGCCACUUGCGGGCAAAAUUCAAAAUUAAUUCCUACCAAUAAACUGAAAAUGUUUGAUGUGUCUCGUGUGCUCAUUAUGACAUUAAGCAAUUGCGAGUACUGUAAAAUACUUGCCCCCCCCCAAAAAAAAAAAAAGAAAAAGAAAAAAGAAGAAGAAAAAGUUAGGGUUAAGGUCAGGGUAGUUGUUGAUUACACAUGGGCUUAUCAGACUGUCAAACGAAACAGUUUAUGUCAGACUGACACGGUGGCAGAUCACCAGGUGGAACAGCUGUAACGGAUAAAUGAUAGCGAAAGCUUCCAAACAGAGGUGUUCCUACCGUUUCUUUAAUUGUUGUUGUUUCUUUCUCUGAGUUGUUUGCAACGUGAUCAACCCAAAUAAAAGUGGAAUAUAGAGUCUAUAUGAACUUCAUUUGUUUUGUUUUGUUUUCACAAUCAUUCAGUGAGAGAUUACUUUGAAACAUAUGUCUCCGAAAGCGAUAACAUACGGUUGUAUUCCUGACUGAUGUAGACUAAUAUGCGCGAGUUACCUACAUGGGUACUUCCGGUUUAUGCAUACACAUGAUAUGGUUUUUCCCCUUGUAUUGUAAUCUAAGUAGAUCUAAUACAAGAUGUAUUUGGUCAUUGGUCAUGGCAAGAUAUCAUCGCCGAAUAAACAACUUAUACAUAAUAUGUUUUUGCAAUUUUUCUCUUUCAGAAAUUAAAUUUUCCAGAAAUGUGAACAGUAUUCAAGAAUGCAUUCACACAUUUGUGAUAGUUUAUUAGAUCUAUCUUUCUGAAAAAGAAAUAAUAUAAAAAUAAUGGAGUAAAGUUCAGCCGUCUUUUUUUUAAUAGCUUUGUGUGGCGGGUAGCUGCCAGGGACCUAAUACAAAUUUGCCAUAUUGGCCAAAAGUUAAGAUGGCAGUCCCCUUCGCUUGUCAGGCGUUGGACCAGGCUACUCGUUUUGCAGUUUGUUUACAGUGAAUAGUCACAAUGAGCAAAAAAGAUUCAAAAGAAAUGAUAGGUGGAUGCUGUGUUUGCUCUGACGAACGUGGCUGGAGUGAAAACCCAUUAGUCUAUUGUGACGGAGCUGGUUGCACAGUUGCAGUCCAUCAGGCAUGUUAUGGCAUUGUACAAGUUCCAACGGGGCCUUGGUUCUGUAAAAAAUGUGAAUCACAAGAGCGUGUUGCCCGUGUAAAAUGUGAGCUGUGCCCUCAGAGAGCUGGUGCCUUGAAGAGAACUGAUGCUGGUGGAUGGUGUCAUGUUGUGUGUGCUUUGUACAUCCCGGAAGCAUGGUUUGCCAAUGUUCAGACUAUGGAGCCAAUUGUGCUCAGUGCGGUUCCUCAAGAACGAUUCAACAAGAUCUGUUACAUUUGUGAGGAGCAAAAACGUGACACAAAGGCCACUGCUGGAGCGUGCAUGCAGUGUAACCGCAAUGGUUGCAAACAGUAUUUCCAUGUCACUUGUGCCCAAGCCCAAGGCCUGCUUUGUGAAGUGACUGGCAGCUAUGAAAAUGUCAAGUAUUGUGGCUACUGCUCUCACCACUAUAAGAAAUUGAAAAAUCAUUCGAAUGUCAAGACAAUUCCAGCCUUCAAGCCAAUCCAAAAUGAUAAUAGCACUCCAGAGUCCAGCCCUGAAAAGAAUCCUCCUAGUAUCACAAAUGAAGAUUCUAAGAGUGGAAAUGUACCUGUCAUCAAGGAAGUGAAAAGCCCUCCAGUUGAUCAAUCUGUGAGCAGUACAAGCGACGCCCUUCCUCCAACGUUGAUUCCUAAUUGUGAUGUUGAUAUAGGAGGUUCAAAUCCAGGGCAGGUUAGCCGCAGCUACAGUGAAGUCUCUGACAUCAGCUCGGCUCUAUCUCCCCUCGAGACAGAGGAGGCAAAAAAUUCAGGCAGUGACCACAAUCAGGAACCUUCGUCCAGUAUGACAGCUCCUGAUGCCCCUGUCCUCCACACGGCUUCGGACGUUGCUUCAAAUCCCGUCCCCACUGCACCCACUCCAGAGAUUGAUGUUGGGGACUCUGCGAUGGAGUUUAGCAAAGUAGAGGUACAGCAGAAUCAAAGUCAAUCAUCACAGUUGCCAGCUGAAGGUCGUAGCACCUCCACAGGUCCAAGAAAAAAGAGCACAGAACCCUCCAAAAAAGGAAAUGCAUCUAAAAAGAAUGUGCGCAACGCUAUCUCAUCAACGGUAACAAAUCGCUUCAGUGCUGGAAAGGAGAGUAAGAAGUCUUCUGGAAAGCGACGAAGGGAUUCAGCAAUCUCAAACAGUAAAGUUGAAAACACUGGUACUGCAGCACAAUCUACAAAUUUGCCUGGCCACCAUGACUAUUGUGGGAGUAUAUUUGGAGGAAGCCCAUACUUUCAAAGUUUAAGUGCACCAGGCCAUGUGUCUCUCUCAAGCUUCUCAGCACAAGAUAACAGCUCCUUAUCAAAUGGAGCCCCAGUUCUUCUCCAUCCACCCAAACAUUUCCCUAGUCACCUCACUGGGUCUCCAAGACAGAACCAGGAUCAUUCUCAGGAGUUUCCUCUCACCAUGGAGCAUCUACUGGAACAGCAGUGGGAACAAGGGGCUCAAUUUCUCAUGGAACAAGGACAGCACUUUGACAUUGCAUCCCUCCUCAGCUGUCUGCAUCGUUUAAAGGGAGAAAAUCAUGAUCUGGAGGAGCAAGUGCGAGGACUUACCUCCAGACGAGACCAUUUGAUUGCUGUCAAUGCCCGUCUGUCUCUACCCCUGUCCCUCUAUGAUGGAAGUACCUCUACCAGCAAGAGUUCUUCUGUUGGUAGCCUUGAGGACAUUUCGUCUCCUGAUGAUGUGCAGGCCCCAAGUCUUGAACCAACGGUUGUGCCUUCGGUUCAAAUACCACAAAACACAAGCCUGAUUGUUGAAGACAUACUGAGUCCUGCAGAGAACGAAUCCCCUUCAUUGUCAUCAGACCGCCUUAAAUUCUGUGGUGAUGGACUUGGGACAGCAUCCAACUACACAUUUUCUGAACAAGUGUGUAGAAGUCAGCCACUCUUGUACUCAGUGGUGAACCCACCACCUCCUACAUUGUCAGCAGUUCCCUCAUCUAUGAAGGCCUCUGUGCCUCCGUACUUGUCGUCUCUGUCAGAGUCUUCGUCAUGUUCUCUGCCCUCGUCGCACCUUGGGACCCACUUGUCUAAUAACUCAGAUUCCUCAUAUCACGCAAAUCCGACCGUCAACUCAGCAACAUUCAAAGAUGUGUUUCAAGAUAUUCGAAAAGGUGGAACUUGAUGUUUUUGGCAAAAGCGAAUAACUUUUUAAGCCACUGAAGAGGCAGACAAUGGAAUGGAGUGUUGCAUAAUGUUGUACACCGGAUGUGUUUGUUCCGAGAUACAUCAAAUUGUCCAUAUAUUUGGAUUUAUUAUUGUGACUUUGCUUGCCUGGGAUAUUUCUUUUUUGAUAUAACAAGUAUUCCACUUUUCUGCCACUGGAAAUAAAGGAGCAAGACACAAUUCCGUGUGAAGUGAUCAUUGUGCGGAGUGGCCACCAGCUGUUGUAUCUACUGCAUAAAUGCGACAGCAUAACUCUUCAAAUAUAAGGAAGGCCUUGAAUUUCUGUACUGAAAGUGCAUUACUGCCUGCAAACGCCCUAUACAUUAAUGAAGCUGGUAUGUAGUGUCUUGAUUCCUUUUAUUUUUAUUGCUUGUCAUAUUUGUCUCCAAAGUGCCCCUUUCUGGACCAUAUUUCUGUAUUAUGAUUUUGUUCAAAGAGCAAAUAGAGGGCUGCAGCAUUGCUUGGUAUGAUAUUAACUGCUCUCCUUGUGUGCAUCGAAUAUAUAUGACAGCAUUUGGCUUAAUGUAGCCUGCAUUAAACAUGCGGUACCGACCAGUAUAUGAAGCCUUAAGGGUCUGAUUUAUGCUGAGUGUCACACACACUCAUAGCCACCAAGCUAGCUGGUGAGGGGAGGGUAUGGGAGUUUGGCCUUCUGAAGCCUUCAUGAGAAAGCUGAGGGAGUAGAGGCUAAGUUCUGGAAAGGUGGUAGCUUCUUCAGACAUUUGAUCAACUAUGACUGUUCAUAUGGCAGUGUAAAUGUACAUGUCUAGUGCAGGUGUUAUGAGUUGCAGAACAAACUCUGUCACAAAACUGGCAGCUUAAUACUGAUCUAUCAUUUUGCUACGCAUGUUAUAUUGAAAAAAGCAUUCUCAUAUCUUAUAAUAUCUUGGGGGAGGGGGUGUUGAUGCUUGUCCUAAAAAUAUGCAAUGGUAACUGUAUCUCCAAUUUUAAUUCUUUUAAUUGUCUAAGAGAGUGCAAGUCCUGCUUUGGAAGAUUUAUCUGUGGGUGGAGUCGUGAUGUGGCCACCAUCAUCUUCAUGUUGAUAGGCUAGGCUGCUGUAAGUUGCCUUUCAUAAAACAAAGUUAUAAUAUUUAGUAAUAUAGCUACAGUUAAGCAGCCCUGAUAUGAGGAUACUGUAGAUUUGUUUGUUGUUUGCAGGUGUUUAGAUCAACUGGUGAUGUCACUGUAGUGUGCAUACGUCUUGCGUAGGGAUUCUGUUUUGUGUUACAGUAGACUUGACAUCUACAUACCUCUUUGCAUGAAUGGAGAAGGUCCAUAAUGUCCAUCAUUUAUAUAUAUUUUAUUUGUGAAAGUUCGUCUCUUUGGUUGUCUAAAACUUCCAAACCACUUAACUUUCAAAU